AUGGUCGCAGCUCGCAAGAUCAUUAUCGCAGUCAGUAUCCUCGUGGCCAUUGGUGUGGCCAUUGGCAUUAUCGUUGCAGUCACAGGAGGUGGUGAUGACGAAAGCGCGAACACCACAAGCGGUGGAACCACGACUCCAGGCAGCUCUGGAUUGGAAAGCACAGCAGACACAAAGUCCAGCACUUCCAGUGUGACCGAGUCGGACCUGCUGGCCAACAUGACGUCAAGUGGCAGUGGCUCGGCUUCGAACGAACCGACCAGCGAUCCGGAAGAGGCCAAGGCUGCACUAACCAUGCUCGCAAUUGGAGACUGGGGUUCUACGACGGACAAGCCAGGGUCGUGUUGCAACAAGUACCGUAAGGUAGCAAACGACUCGCUCGAGAUGAAGAUUGACUAUUGGGCCCAGAUGAACGUUGCAGAGCUCAUGGCUCAAGCUGCUGGUGAUAUCAAGCCUUCGUGCAUCAUUGGCCACGGUGACAACAUCUACUGGAACGGCGCGGGUCCCGAUGACAUCGACUACCGUAUGGAGACGACGUUCGAGAGCGUGUACGACCAGCCUGAGCUCGAGGGUAUUCCGUGGAUCAACGUGGUUGGCAAUCACGAUCUCGGUGGCUCUGAGUACAUUUGCGGUGACAAGGACUACAACUUCCGUGAGUGCGAGAGCACGGACGAGCUCCUCAAGUACUUGAAUCUGAAGUUUUCACUGCAGCAGGAAUACACGAGCGCGAACAACGAUCGCUGGAAACUGUCGGACCAUUACUACGUGGAACACGUCGAGGAUAACGGCGUGUCGGUUGACAUUUUUAACGUCGACACUAACUUUGCCGACUCCCACGGUGUGAGGCAGAUCUGCUGCCAGUGCUAUGGGUACGUGAAGAAGAAGAAGCUGAGCGAGGCUGAGGCUAAGAAGUUGGGCACCACUUGCAACGACCGUAUCCCGGGUGAUGAGCUGUGCGCGGGCGGCGAUACAGCAAUGUACAAUGCUUGCUCCGAUACGAUCAAAAAGUGGUGGGACGAUUCGCUCGUUCAAGUGAAGAAGGAUUUGAAGGCGUCUACCGCUACGUGGAAGAUCAUUAACUCACACUACUCGCCGCACUUCCACAUGAGUGAAGACAAGAUGAAGGAGUGGUUCAUGAUCACGAAAGAGGGUGGUGCUCACGUCUGGUUGAACGGCCACACGCACGGCUUCAACCACGAUAUUAGCAACUGGGGCACCCACUUUUACGAGAACGGCGGAGGUGGUGGGAUUCAGUCCGAGACGUCGGGCAUGCCUCCUGAGGUUGCUGAGAAGUACGUCGAGCACGCAUGGAUAGCCCCUGGUAAUCCGUACGGGUUCUUUAUGCUGCACUUCUCAGAGGAUUGGCUCAAGACGGAGUUCGUGACGUUUGACACCUCGUGGACUUUCAGCGUGAAGAAAGACGAGAUUGUGAAGGGAGGGUACCAAAAGGGCCAUUGCUGGCACAUUCCGGUGACUGUCGGUACCGGGAAGGAAUGCGCCACGAGUCUAUAG